GAUGGUCCUACCAACUGCACCAGAAACGAAAAAAAGUGACAAAACCGCCUACUUUUCGGAAUUUUCCAACAAUACGACAAUUCACGGUUUUAGAUAUUUCUCCGACCGGGGAAUCACCUUAUUUGAGAAAAUUUGGUGGUUUUUGACGUUCUGUUUGUGUGCUUACAUUUGUGCUUCUUUGAUUGCGUCAAAUUGGAAGAAAUGGGACGAAAAUCCGGUUUUUCUCAGUGUGAGUCCCAAACCGAUGAAACAGUGGGAAAUCCCGUUUCCGGCCAUAACAAUUUGCCCGGAAAAUAAGAUUUGGGGAACGAAAUAUAAUUUUACUCAUUAUCGGGAGAAAUUUGAAACGGGGAAUAUGACAGAUGAGGAAUUGCAACAUUUUGCAGACGUUACAAUGUUUUGUCAUGCAACUCCAGAAACGUACAUGUUUGAAGGGCACAACAUGAGUAUUGAUUCGUUAAAUUUUCUAAUUAAUGAAUUUCAUGGAAUUCAAACAUUGAUCCAUUUUUGCAUCUGGGUGGGGCGCACUGUCCAAAUGUGUAAUUUCCAAUUUUCCCCAAUUCUCACAAUUGAGGGGCUGUGCAUCUCGUUCAAUACGUUAAAUGCCAACGAUUUAUUCACAAAUAAAACGUAUAUUUUCGAGGGCCAUUUCAAGCAUGACAACGUCUCAAACUGGGAUUUUGACAACAAUUACGCCAAAGCUAACGAAAUUGGAUUUCCGGUUCGGUCUUCGAAAAUCACCGAUUACCUCACUGUUCGAUUUAACCUUAAUUUGAAUAAUAUUGAUAAAAAGUGCGAUAAGUAUGAAGGUUACAAAAUCUAUGCCCACCAUCCGGCCGAAUUGCCUUCGAAAUACGUCAAAAUCGGAAACGAGAAGAAAUACAAGUUUGGGAUUAAACCGGAGGCCACAAUAACCGAUUCCAGUUUGAAAAAUUACGCUCCGCAUCGGCGCAAGUGUUUCUAUUCCUAUGAACGGCCUUUGAAAUUUUUCAAAAUUUAUACGAAGCAGAAUUGCGACACUGAGUGUCUUGCUAAUUUCACGUUGAAAAGGUGCGGGUGUGUCCCUUUUUACAUGCCAUUCGAAAAGUCGACCCCAAUAUGCGGAUAUUCGAACUUCGUGUGCAAGAGCAGAGCUCGAAAUAUUUUACUAGACAUGGAAAUGGUAUCAGAAGUUGAAAAAAGCUCGGAUUUAACUGAUUGUGACUGUUUGCCUUCUUGCACAACAAUUAAAUACAAUCUGGAAGUAAGUGUGGAAGAACCUGGAACUGAAGCUAAUUUCCUCAGUAUGGUUUUUACUUCAUUGGACUUUGCAUUUAAUGAUGUGGAAUUUGUCCCAUUGACUCGAAACGAAUUAUUUGGGAAUGUGGAUUUUUGGGCCAAUUUGGGGGGGCUUUUAGGGCUUUUCUGCGGAUUUUCCGCAAUGUCCUUCUUUGAAAUUAUCUACUACAUGACGCUGCGGUGGAUGUGCCCCUUUUGCUGCUUCUGGAAGCAAAGACUAGGAGGCCUAGGGAAAACAGUUUCUUAACCAUUUAAUUUUUAUUUGGUCGCUUUUUACGAAGUUAGUUUUUGUCUUGGUGUAAAUUUGAAGGGGGCAGGAGCCAAGGAGCGAGUUUUUUCAAUACUGAGUGCAAAAUAAAAUAAAAAUAUUUCAUAAUUUGUAUUUUAGUCCUUGAACCCCUUGGUUUCUGACCUCGUCAUUUGUGUUUAUCUCUAAAAG